UGGGGCUGGGGACGGGGCAGCCAGUGUGGAGUCAGAGCGGGGUGGCCUGGGGGUGGGUGAGGGUGAGGAGCGGACGGAGGAGUCAGCCAGCCUUGGGGCGGCACGGUCGCUGCGGCAGAUAGUGAGCGAUGACAGCGCCUCGUCCUCCAGCCUGGACUCGUCCUCCUCGGCCACCAGCGGGGCGAGCCGUGCCUCAGAGCGCAACACUCGCCUCUCCCUGCUGUGGACCUCCCGCCUGCACCGCCUGGGCCAGGACCCUGAUGCCGCUCCCCUUGAGGGGGCGCCCUCCAACCCCUGGGAGCCGCGCCCUGACCCUGCCGCCCCAACCCCCAGUGAGCCGCGCCCUUCACAGGCAGAGGAGGAGGACACUCCCAGCGGUGGGGACGCCCCUUCCUCAGGGUCACGCUUGGACCGCAGCGGGGCACUGUGGGGCUACUACUUCACCCACUCAGAGCGCCCCGUCAUCCAGGUGCGGCGGCCGGCACGGGACGGCCCCAGGACACGGGGCACGACCAGGGAGCGGGGUGGUGGGACGCGGGAGGAUACCCCUAGCCAGGCUGCGGCGAGCGGCGGGACAGGGCAGGACCCUCCUCGCCGUGCACAGCCUGUGGCGCCCCCUACUGCCGACACCUCAGAGGACCCACCUGACCCCAUACAACCCCCACUCCCCCCAGACUCCCCACCUCUCCUGUCUUUGCCUCCCCUCCCUCCCCCCAUUUCCCUACCCAAUCUAUCCUACAUCCCUCCUCCCCUCCCUUCUGGCCCCCCACUGCUUCCUAUCCCCCCACGACCCUCUCCUCUCCCCCGCACCCCCAGUGGAGCGUCCCAACCCCAGCGACCCGCCCUUCCUGCGCCUUCCUUCCCGCAGCGACCUGGACCUGUACCCCCCACUGCCGCCCUCCCCCCUCAACUCCCUGGCGGACCUGUCUGCCGCCCCACACACCUCAGCGGAGCGCGCCCGCACCCUGGCACGCCUCAUGCCCUUGGGCCACUCCUCAAACCUGCUGCCCCGCCCCUCACACUCCCUCGCCCACCCUGUCAGCUCUCUGCAUGGCACACACACCUCCCCGCCCUACCAACGCACGGACCACUCCUCCUCCUCCUCCUCCUCUUCCUCCUCCUCCGCAUCCUCCACCUCCCAUCUCUCUUCAGACCGCUUCCGUUCCCUAGCCCGCCUCCUCUCACGGUCCAGGCGGUCUAACCUCUUCCCCCGCCUUUCCACCAACCCCAGCCCUUACCCCCCUGUCCGCCAGAGACACGACACAGAGUUCAACCCAUUCCAUGAAGACUCUGCUCUCCAUGGGGCGCUGAGUCUCCUGGGGCGCGGGGAGCCACUCGGGGCGUCCGGCAGGCAGCGGCCCUCUUCUGAUCCCCAGUUUGGCGUGCAGCUUCUGAGCAGACAUAUUGUUAAUAUUGAGCAGAUCUGCAUAGCCCUACUGGAGAUCAACAACCACACGAGGGAGGAGCAAAUGUUACAGCAGAUUUGCCACAUGCUCAAUGACAUCCAGGAGCAGAUCCACUCCCUGCGCCUGCCUGAUGACUCCUCCAUGGCUGACGACCUCGCUGGGGCCUUCUCCGAUAGACUACCCACCCCCCCACGCUACAGCAGUAGCAGCAGGAGGAGGAGGGAGGAGAGGCGGCCAUCCCCCUUCCCCACACACCUCCUGUCGGGCAGUGACUCAGUGGCAGGUGGUGGCGGUGGUGGUGGUGGUGGUGGCAGUGGUGGUGGGUUGUCGAGCUCACCGUUUCUUCCAAGGCCUGGCUGUGUGUGUCUCCGGCCGACUCCUAGCUCAAGACUUCUACGCACCUACCGAGGGAUGUACAGUCGAGGGUGUGAGGCGCGGCUAAGGUCGGCCAGCUGCACCUGUUUCCAGAGAGGCAGCCAGUCGGGAAACAAUGCCCCAUCCCGCCGCCCUGCCAGGGAACUGCGGGGCGUGGUGGGUGGUGCAGGGGAGGCAGUGAUAGGCCCCCUGCCAACGCCGCCACCAGACCAGGGCACAGAUGAGGAGCAGCCCAGACAUAUUGUACGGAUUAUGACAGGGAGCCACUAUGCACAGCCUCCUGCCCCCUCGGAGCAAGGAGGAAGGAACCAGGAAGAGGAACCACCACCACCACCACCUCCACCUCCUCCACCACCACCUCCUCCACCUCCACCUCCUCCACCUCCCCCUCCUCCCCCUGAACCACCCACACCAGAGCCCCACCACCGCUUAGCCCCCUCUACCGCCACCACCACCUCCACCACCACCACCACUACCGCCACGUCCUCCACCACCACUCCCACUACCUCCUCCACCACAUCGGAGCGGUGGUGGGACAGCAGAGGAGAAGAAAGUGGAGGUCCGCCUUGGGACCAGUACCUGUCACUGUUGCCGCGGGAGACAAGGGCAAGGAUCAUGGUGGAGAUGGAGAGGAGGCGGCGGUCCAGACAGCGCACCACCACCAACACCACCAACACCACCACUGGGGAUGAGCCAGGGUCGGGUCAGGAGGGCACUGCUGCAGACAGGGACAGCAGCAGCGGCAGCAGCACCAUCACGCCAGGCGCUGCAGGCACCAGCACUGGUGCCACUGACGCCAAUGGUGGUGGCAGCAGCAGCGAGACAGUUGAAGGAGCAGCAGCGGCAGCAGGCACAGCCACACGGUCGUCCCAGCGGCCACUGCUGGACUUCCUGGAGCGGCGGCUGUGUGAGCAGAUCCACAAGCGCAGCGUGUACCGCCUGUCAAGCCGCCGCUCUGACCGGCCGUACCUGCGGGCUGCUGACCGGCUGCUGCGGCCAAGUGGCAGUCGCUCCUCACACCUGCGGCCGCCAGACGCCCGGGUGCACGCCAUUCGCCGUCUACUGGAACGCUACCAGAUCAGGACGGACACUUACACUUCCUCCAGGCAGCAGCAGCAGGACCCUCAGGCUCCCCCAGGGCCCCCAGGACCCCCGCCCACUGCACCUCCUAGCCUGGACUCCCUGGCUGACGACUUGGGUGCCCCCCAGCAUUCCAGUGGGGAGGGGCGGCCCACCAGGCACGCCGCAGACUGGUUGUGCAACAGCCCACUCCCGAGGCCCAGCGGCGGUGGCAGCAGCGGCAGCAGGAACAACAACAACAACAACAAUAACAACAACAACAACAACAACACUGGGGACGGCAAUGGUGGUGGUGGCAGCAGCAGCAGCAGCAGCAGCAGCAGCAGCAGUAGCAGUAGUGGCAGUGGAAGCAGCAUACCACUGAGAGAUGUGCUGCAGUGGGGCAGCAGACGCCAGUACAGGGUGAUUCUGGAGGAUGUGGUGGACCGCUUGCACCACCUGGAGAGGCAGGAGCGUGCAGCAGCGGCGGCAGCGGCAGCAGCAGGCACUGCCACCAGCAGCAGCAACAGCGGUAAUAACACGGAGGAGCCCAGGACAAGCCGGGUCUCACAGCACCACAGGCUCACAGACCUCCGCCUCCUGGUGCAGCUGACCCUCAAGCUGCUCUACAUCCUGCUCAGCUUCCUCUACAACCCCCGCAGGCUGUACGAGGAGCGGCCCAUCUCCCGCUUGCCCAACCCAUUUCGUGAAGAGGAGGUUGUGCUGGGGGGCGAGGGGCCACCGGCGGACCUCCCUCCACCCGCCGCCGAGCGGGAGCCGCCCAUGCCGGGCCUCACCACCUCACUGGAGACUGUGAGGCGUGCCAUUGAGGCCCUGCGGCACGACGUGGCUGCCAGCCCCAGCCCUGCCGCCGACCCCACCGCAGCAUCAGGCCUGGGAGGGGGAUCUGGUGCCGGCCCCAGUGCCGCCCCAGAGUCCCGCAGCUCAGUAACCAACCUGCCACGACGCCUCAACGACUUUCUGCGACGCUCCAGGAACCUGGCAGCACGGCAGCACCAGCAGCAGGAGCGGUCCGGGGAGGGUGGAGCGCGGGGCGGCAGUCUGCUGCCCCGCAGUGGCUCCCCAUGGCCCCGCGUGGUAAUCCCCCGCAUCACCCUCAGUGACCCCAGUGGCAGUGAGAGCCAGGUGGAGGAGGAGCAGGGUGGUGCAGUGUCAUCCGGGCCCAGCCUGGCCCGCCGCGACCAGGCUGAGUUCAGCACGCGCUCUGUGUCGGGAGUGCCACUCCGCCUGCUGGGCCGCCAGUACGCCGUGGACCGCCGCAGCCCCGACUCAGAGGACUCCUCAGGGCCACUGGAUGGGACGGGCGAUGGCCCUGGCCAGCCCCCAGAGCCCUUCUUCCCCUGGCGGGAGCACCUGGGGCCCUUCGACAUGGAGCUGUCCCAGGGGCCCGGCUCAGACAUGCUGUUCCGCCACAACCUGCAGCGCACGCCCCCAGACCGCGCCGCAGAGAGGGAGGCCGAGAACUUCUUCAUCCGACCUUUCUUCACCCCACACCUGGGCACCACCCGGGGCAUGUCCAGUGAGUGGGUGGGGCGGGCCAAGACAGCUCUGGGCGCCACACAGCGGAUCCAAGCCUGGGACUUCACACGCUGCCACAUCCCAGAUAUUUCAGACGGUGUGGCAAAUGUGGUGGUGAGAAAGUGCCGUAUUCACAAUGAUGCCAGCGUGGACAUUUCCUCAGAUGGCACUAUGUUAGCGGCACUUAUCCCGGAGAACCAGGCGAUGACUAUGGUUGGAGUGUACAGCCUGGAGGACCGGUCUCUGGGGCAGCUUCUGUACAGUUUUAUCUUUGAGCACAACACCAUCUGUGUCAGUCUCUCCCCCAUGGGACGCCAUCUGGUGGUGGGCUUCGCUUCACACUCCCACCACCUUGUCCCGCAGAACACUAAACAGGUGGCGGCGCAGGUGUACAAGCUGCGGGACAACCACCUCUUCCAGGCCAGGGGUCAGAUAGGCUACCUGCAGAAACUAAGGGACAUCGAGGUGACAAUAGACAACCGACAGAUCUCCCUAAACUGUAUCCGCUGGCUGCCUCACCCCGGACAAGGCCUCAUAUAUGGAACCAAUAGGGGCCAGCUGAACAUCCUGCACUAGGCUAGGCUGUCAGGGCAAGACAGGGCAAGGCGGGGUAGAACUAGGAGUGAGGUAAUAUAAGGAAUGGCUAAGGAUUUUGAUGUCAUUUUCUUUUUCAUGUGAUUAAUUUGGCAUUUUUUGGUAAGCCUUUUGUUUUGUGAGGGCCAUUGAGUGCCGUGGUGGUUUGUGGGUGUGUCUGGAGUGCCAUAAUGUCCCGGGGGGGUGUGUAGGGUAUAUUAGGGACCCCAUAUGCACUGAUAGGAGGCAAGGGAGGAAGGAGAACUGGGGGAAACUUAGGCAUAUUUGUGGUUCAUUUGUUUUUUGAUAAGUUUCCUGUGUGUGUGUGUGUGUGUUUUAUUUAUUUAUUUUUUUUUUUGAGUCAGAGGAAGGGAGGGACAGUGUGUGGUGUUUGUUUGUUUGUCUGUUUGUUUGUUUGUGGUUUAACUGAGAGAGAGAGAGAGUCAGUGACAGUUUAUAUGAGAAUGUUUUGUGUGUGUGUGUGUGUGUGUGUGUGUGUGUGUGUGUGUGUGUUUGCCCAUGCCACAGCUGUAUAGUGUAAUUUGAUUUGCAUUUUGAGGUGAAUGAAGAAAAUUUAUUAUUAUUAUUAUUAUUAUUAUUAUUAUUAUUAUUAUUAUUACAAUUAUUAUUACUAUUAUUAUUAUUACUACUACUACUACUACUACUACUACUACUACUACUACUACUACUACUACUACUACUACUACUACUACUACUACUACUUCACACCAAAGACCUGACUCUUCAAUUAUUUCUAUUUAUUUAUUUGUAUUGCUGUUAUAUAUGUGACAUUAUUACUAUUAGACUUCAAUAUUUCAAUUUACAUACUUGAACUAUUAUUAUUAUUAUUAUUAUUAUUAUUAUUAUUAUUAUUAUUAUUAUUAUUAGAUGUAUUUGUGUCAAUUAAGUGAUUUUUCCAUUAAUACUUCACCUGAAAUUAAUUAACCUGUAUUGAUUCCUAUGCACACCUGUCUCACCCCACACCUAUACCCUCACACCCCUCACCCCCCACCCAGGCCUUGAAGGGGUGAUGGGAACGGGGGUGUAAGGUGUGUUCAGUAUGCAGUGAUGGGGAGAGAAUGGGUGGGGUGAUGGGUUGUGUCUGUCUGUCUGUCUGUCUGUCUUGUCUGUCUGUGGUGUGUGGGUGAGUCAUGCAGUGAUUGGAAGUGAAGGGCUAUGUAUGUCUGUCUGUUUGUCUGACUGGCUGUUUGUCUGUCUGUCUCUAUUCUAUUUGUCUGUGUCUGUCUGUGGUUUGUGGGUGAGUCUGAGGUGAUGGGAAGUGAAGGGGAGAGAAGGAAGGGCUUUGUACGUCUGUCUAUCUGUCUGUCAGUGGUGUGGAUGAGUUUGAAGUGAUGGGCAGUGAAGGGGAGUGGAGGGAAGGGUAAUGGUUUGGUGAUGGGCUGUGUAUGGGUGUGUGUUUCCUUAUUUGGUGUGUGAGUUGUAGUUUUCUUAUACAAGGUACAUUCCCUUAAGUAAAUUGUUAUAUUGAAAACUCAUGAAUAAGUAUUAGUUCAAGAUUCAUUACUUUUUUUUUUUAAUGCAGUAUUUAUAAAGCUACAUCAGUAUUUAUUUAUUUAUUCAUUUUCAUUUACAAAUAUUUAUAAGUCCAGCAUUUUACAUUCACGAGAGAGAGAAAAAAAGAUAAUUGUUUUUCCUUAUCUCCAGUUAUUUGUAUAUCUUUUUUAACCCUUUCAGUACAAUGCCACGUUCUCAUAUUUAUUAUGGUUGCUAUUUGGCAUUUUUAUACAGCCUCAAAAACCUCAUGUGGGGAUUAGAAUAGUGGAGACUGGCCAUUAAACUCCUGACCUCCAUAGACACUUCCUAAUGUAAAUAAAGUUGUCUAAUAUGCAGAAACUCGUGGUAAAAAUGCAUCCCAGUACUGAAGGGGUUAAAAUAUAAUUCAAAUGUGUAUAAUUUUGCUGUGUGUGUGUGUGUAUGAGAGAGAGAGAGAGCAAGCAGUCCACAAUCUUCUACUCAGAAAUAUAACAAGUUUACUGAGUCUUUCAUUGCUUUACACUCAAGGAAAGGGAAAGUUAGUGGAAAGCCUUAUAUAUGGGGUUAAAAAAAAAGAAUAUGAAAAAAAAAUAUGGUCAUUAGUGUGGGUGACAUGACAAGAUUGGAAAAAAAAAUAGGUGUUGAUAAUAUUACUAGGCUGAGAAAAAAAUAGGAAUAAAUAAAAGAGGGUGAGGAAACAAAUAUCAAUAAAAACCAGUAUGGAAAUGAGUGACUGAUUUGAUUAUAAACAUUUUUGUGACGCGUGAAUGCCACAAAAAAGACAAUGGUGACACUUUUCCUCCGACAUCGUACUGUGUUUUUCCUAUUGCCGUACAUUGGUUUGCCGGCAUGAAUAAUCCUAUUUUCUUUUGUUCUACCAUCAAGACAUUUUUUCCUGUGUAUUUUUAAGGAAGUCUUGUACAUAGUGAGUCCUGGCCAGAGAGAGAGAGAGAGCCACACGCCUUAAGGUCAUAAAGGGUCACUAGACUCUUUGACCCCUUGCAUUUUGGGAGGAAGUGUACUGGCUAACUCUUUUAUUAUUUCAUUAUGGCAUUUAUGAUAUUUUGUACUUACAGAGGAGAACCAGAGAGAGAGAGAGAGAGCUUGUGUGUGCGUGCGUGUGUGUGUGUGUGUGUGAAGGGGUUAGCAGUUAUGUCAGUGUUCAUUCAAUUCUAUCCAUAAAUUGCCUUAGAAUAUUAUAUAGGAAGACCGCCGCAGGGUGUGUGUACUGUCAAGGUGAAUAAUAAAUUGUCAUGUGA